UCGAUUUCUCUUCUUUUGUUGGCACAUUGGCAGCGGCAAACUAUAAUCAGUCAGGCAUUUCAACAAACAGUUGGUGUGCAAAAGAUGGAAAACCAUUUGCACAACGAAAAUCCAGUGCCCCAUGUCGUUCUUCACGAACAAGAAAUCGCCACCCAGAAAAUUAUCCAGGCUCAGAGCCAGAGAGAGGCAGCCACCGGACAAACGGAUGGCAGAGACCUUUUCUCCGCGCGGCCUGAUCCCAAUGCUCUGAAAGAGCAUCUACUGAAAAUGGCUUCAGAACAUCGUGUUGAAAUGGCUUCUAAGCGUGGCAAACCUAACCCUCCUGAACAAGGUAACCUAGAAAUCGGAAAUGGGUAUGGUGUACCUGGUGGAGGUGCUUACAACUAUAGUGCACCGAGUUCUAAUAUCACUACACCAGGAAAUUUGGGAUAUGCUAAUGAUAAUAGCGAGAAAAACUCUGAGCUUUAUGGAGAACAAAAAUCGAAGGCUGCGUCUAAGGAUUUGCCUGAGUACCUUAAGAACAAGUUGAGAGCUAGAGGCAUUCUAACAGAUGGUUCAUCGGAAGUUUACCUAUCGAUAAAUGAUAAGAACUUAGAGACUGCUGCACCUCAGCUCGUGGAAACUGGACAGUUGCCUCCUGGAUGGGUGGUAGCAAAAGAUCCCUCCUCUGGUGCUUCAUAUUAUUAUAAUGAAAGCAUUGGAAAGAGUCAGUGGGAAAGACCUGUAGAGACAUCUUCGAGUACUUCCAUUUCUUAUACUACAAGACUUGUGGGAGAUUGGGUGGAAUCAGUAGAUGAAACAACAGGGCACAAAUAUUAUUACAAUACAAAGACCCAUAUAUCUCAAUGGGAGUGCCCUGAUGUAUUACAGCCAUUUGCAUCACGGCAUCCUGGAAGCAGGGUUUCUGAAAAUACUGUUAAUGAGAAUUCGGCUUUGCGAUCAUCAAACUUGGACAAAUGCAUUGGUUGUGGAGGUUGGGGAGUGGGCCUGGUACGGAUUUGGGGUUAUUGCAAUCAUUGCACAAGAGUUCUUAAUCUGCCACAAAGCCAGAGUUUGUUAACAGCCAAAGACAAUCAUGAGAAUAAGGCUCCGAAGGCGAGAUCCAGUGGGAGACCGCCUAUGGGAAAAGGAAACAGAAAAGAUAAAAGGAAGCACUCCUACGACGAUGAUGAUGAGCUGGAUCCAAUGGAUCCGAGCUCUUACUCUGAUGCUCCUCGUGGUGGCUGGAUUGUUGGGCUGAAAGGAGUACAGCCGCGAGCGGCUGACACCACCGCCACGGGUCCUCUGUUUCAACAACGUCCAUAUCCAUCACCGGGAGCUGUACUGCGGAAGAAUGCUGAAAUAGCUUCGCAAACGAAGAAACCAGGCUCACAUUGGACACCCGUAUCAAAGAAAGGAGAUGGGAGUGAUGGCCUCGGUGAUGCAGAUUGAGUUUACGACUUAAAAUGGAGCAAGUUUCAUCUUUGCUAUGCUCGUUUUCGGCCGGUGAUCGUAUCUACAUGAAUUGUGAUGUACUCUCACCUGUGUAUAUAACAUGACUAUGCAAAUCAUGCAACAUUCUUUUGCAGUCCGGCACAUGAAUUCGGCUAUUUUCCGUGGUGCAGCGGAUGAUUUAUUCAGCUUUUAACAUCGAUGACUGUACGUCCACUUGUAUUGUAUGGUGAUUAAGGUUGUAUGUCCACAGAUUCAGGAGGA